UGAAAUUAUCCGGUUGUUGGUCUCCGAGGUUGUCGUAUCUUCUAUAUUUUCCCAAUGCAAAUAAAGGCUAACCAACUAUCAUGGGGAACAUUUUUGGCAACCUUUUGAAGAGUCUUAUUGGGAAAAAGGAGAUGCGUAUUUUGAUGGUCGGGUUGGAUGCAGCUGGGAAGACCACAAUCUUGUACAAACUGAAGCUGGGAGAGAUAGUGACUACCAUUCCUACUAUUGGUUUUAAUGUGGAGACUGUUGAGUACAAAAAUAUCAGUUUUACAGUGUGGGAUGUUGGUGGCCAGGACAAAAUCCGACCUCUGUGGCGUCACUACUUCCAGAACACACAAGGUCUGAUCUUCGUGGUGGACAGCAAUGACCGUGAGCGAGGGAAUGAAGCCAGAGAAGAGCUGAUGAGGAUGCUGGCUGAGGAUGAACUUAGAGACGCUGUACUCCUUGUCUUUGCCAACAAGCAGGAUCUGCCAAAUGCCAUGAAUGCUGCAGAAAUCACAGAUAAGCUGGGUCUCCACUCCCUGCGCCAUCGCAACUGGUACAUCCAGGCCACUUGUGCCACCAGUGGAGACGGUUUAUAUGAGGGUCUGGACUGGCUGGCCAACCAGCUCAAGAACAAGAAAUGAGGCAGACCGGAUCCAAGAGGAACUGGUGUGGGCGAGGAGUCACCUGAGUGACAGCUCAUCAGGGAGCACUAGUGGUUUCCAAGUUUCUUUCAUUCUGUUUACAAGCUGAGACCAACAGGAGCCGGGUCAUUUCAGACCGUGCAACCCCUCGCUAUGUCCCACUUAACAGAUCCGUGAGAUGAUUGGGGAAGCGCCCAUGAUUCAUAUUCAUAUUUACUAGUGAAGAUAGACAUGUUUUGCUAUUCUCGUGUGAUUCAAACAUCUCAGUUUCUCGUGUCUCUACACUGUAAAUGUAUAAAAGACAUUAACGGGGAGUGAAUGAAAAGCUUUUACUUAUAUUAAUACUGUGGGAGUAACUCUUAAAUGCAGGUCAUUUAAACUAUAUUAACUGCACUGAUAGAUGAGAAACCUGUUGAUUCAGUUUCCUGAAAUAUUUAAAUAAAAUCAAGUGAAAUGUUAUUCAGAAAACAAUGAAGAAACAUGUUGUUUUUUGCUACAAUGGUGUUGUUUUGCUACUGAAAAUUAAAUAUCCAUUGUGAUUUAUUAUUAGCAUAUCAGCCAGACUUCAUGACUGUCAAUGAUUAUGCUCUUAUUGCAUGUAUUCACCAGUGUCUCUGCACAGGUUGCUGAGCAAGCUUUGGUUAGUGCUGUUGUAUGUAAAUAGAUAGAGGAUCUCUUGUCUUGGCAUGCGUAGUUAGUUUGCGACGAUUAAAUAGCACAUUGUUCUAUGUACAA